GCGAAACAAGAGAAGAAGAAGAAGAAAAUAAACUUUUACCGGAACAGCGCGCACGUUGGAUUGAGAGAUGCAGAGUGCUGGAGGCAGCGCGGAUCAGGCUCAUCCUCUGUUUGGAGGAGGACUGUCAGCUGUCAUCCCGCACAGCUGUACAGAUGUCAGUGAGCUGAGGGAGAUCCCGGAUAACCAGGAGGUAUUCGCCCAUGCACACACCGACCAGAGCCUGAUCGUGGAGCUGGUGGAGUACCAGGAUCAGGUAGCAAACCAGGAUGCUGCCAGGUAUCACUUUGAAGACAUCGCAGGCAGUAACAAAGCUUUAGAGCCUGGUGCCUUUGAGGUGACCAGUGUUGUACCCCUGCCAAAGUCUGAGCUGUCCCUGUCAGAGUGCAGCUCUGCCUGGAUGCUCACCGGCACACAGUGUGUAUCCAAGUUCAACGAGGAGGCCAGGAAUACAGUGACCCUUCACCUCGGUCUGUUCCGUCUGCCUCAGUUCUCCACAGAUGUCCUGAUAACGUUCAAUGACCCGCAGAGCAUCAACCCUGACAGCAGCAGUGCAGCUGCAGUGGGGACGCACAGAGAGCCGUGGACCCUGCAGGACUUCCAGCGCUUGUUGCAGUCUCUGACUCUGCACAACCCAGGACUGUUUGGGUAGAACAAGUGCUGCUUUCUCAAUGUGGGACUUCAUCUGCUUAGGCUUUAUCUAUAACACAGACACAGUAAAACAAACUAGAUCCACCAGAAAUGUUUUGGGAGCACAAAUGCUUUAGAUGGACCUCCUCUGAGCGGUGGACAAAUAGAAACACAUGUUCUGAUCUGCUUUUUCAUGUUGACAUUGUUCUGGCUACUAAAAAUGAACUGAGAGCCAAAUGUUAAUGGAUUCUUUGUCAUAAUAAAUGUUUUGGAUGAAAAA